AUGAAGAAGAUCUUCGGCAAGCGCAAGGCUCCCAAGGAGGAGGAGGCAACGCCGGAGCCAGAUGGCGCGCGCGGCGCCGGCGGCAGCGCCGUGCCGCCGCUGCCGCUGCAGCAGAUGGCCCCCAGUAGCGUCUCGCCCGGCACCGACCAGUACGGCCGCCCCCUCACGCCCGGCUACAGCAGCUCCGGCUACGUGCAGGCGGCCUACAGCGGCGGCGGCGCCAGCACGGGGCGCAGCAGCGGGCGCACCGUCAGCCGCACGCAAAGCGGGCUGCCGCGGACGCAGAGCGGGCUGAGCCGGACGCAGAGCGGGCUGAGCAGCGGGCGGCGGUCGGCGCGGCGCCCACGAGAGUUCAUUGACCUGUCGCAGCCUGACCAGGUAGAUGGGUGCUCGAGUGAUGGCAGCUGGGAGUUUGGCAGCCAGGAGGAGGAGGGCGGCAGCGAGGGGGAGGAGGGGGAUAGAGGAGGAGGCGCAGCAGGCGCGGCGGGGCCCGCGCACCCGCACCCGCCGUGGGCGGCGGCACGGGAGCAGGAGCAGCUGCAUGCUGACCUGGCGCUGGCCUACCAGCUGGCCAUGCAAGACCAGCAGCCCCCGGCAGCGCUGCACCCGCAGCCGCAGCACGCGCCGCAGCCGCAGCCGCAGCGCGCGGCCUCGCCGCUGCGCCAGCCGGCCUACUCCAUGCCCGUGCAGCAGCAGCCGCACGCGCUGCCGGCGCAGCAGUCGGUGCCGACGCAGCCGCCGCCGCGGGGGCUGCCAGAGGCGCACUCCAUGCCCGUACAGCGUCAGGGGCAGCUGCAGCGGUCGAGCUUCCUGGGCCGCAUGUCGCUGUCGCUGCGCCCCAGCGGCUCGACGCGGGGCGGCGGCUCGCUGCGGCCCGACCCCUCAGCCCACAGCACGCGCAGCGAGGACCUGGCAGUGGCGGCGGCCCUGGCAGAGUCGCAGUUUUUGGCCCAGCAGCAGGCUGAGCUGGCAUGGACUCACGACAGCCUGGACGCGCAGUACCAGGCUGAGCUGGAUGCUGCGCUGUCAGAGUCCAUGGUGACCAUCAAUUACGACGACCUGCUGCGAGACAUCCAGCAGUGGAUCCGCGACCUGGAGGGCGCCACCGGCGACGUGAACCAAGCGCUCGAGGAGGCGCGCGGCAACGUGGAGCAGAUCAGCCGCCAGAUGGCGGCGGCAGACCCCGAGGAUGCCGAGGGGUGGCACCGCAUCAUGUGGCUCAGCGAGCAGUACCCUCUGGUGGAGGAGCGGCUGCGGGAGGUGGGCGGCCGCGUGGCGCCCGUCAACGACGGCGUCAAGGCGCUCAAGGACCUGUGCGAGUAUAUCCGCAAUGACCAGCCGCCGCUGGCCGACGCCGAGUCGGUGCGCGACGCCGUGAUUGCCAAGCUGUUUGACGACCUCAACCGGCAGGGCCUGGACGCCAACCACCCCUUCACCGCGUACGGCGACAAGGAGAAGGAGGAGGGGAGGAAGCAGCCAGGGCGCCUGCGCUCGCUCAUGUCGCUGGGGCGCAACAAGUCGCUGGACAAGCCCGCGGCGACGCGUGGCGGCGACCUGCGCGACAUGGUGCGCCAGCUCAUCGAGGAGGCCAAGCGCAUCCCCGAGCCGCCGCCGCUGCCCGUCAACUACGACGACCUGCUGGCGGGCCUGCAGCGCUGGAUCGACGACUGCGAGGCAGCCAACAGGGAUGUGGACGCCGCGGUGCAGGAUGUGCGGCAGCAGCACAACGACAUCGAGGCGCAGAAGGGCGGGGCGAUGGAGGAUGUGUUUGACGCGGGCUGGCACCGCCUGGCAUGGCUCAGUGAGCAGUACCCUCUGGCUGAGGGGAGGCUGCACGAGCUGAUCAACCGCAUCGCGCCCACCAACGCCGCCGCCAAGGCGUUCAGGGAGCUCAGGGAGCACAUUGAGGCGGCAAAGCCGCCGCUGGCCGAGGCCGAGGCGGAGCGAGACGUGGCCAUCAGCACCCUGUUCUCGGGGCUGGCAGGAUACGGCCUGGACACCGCCAGCCUGCCGCCCACGCCCAGCAGCACCGACAUGCGUGGCAUUGUGCAUCAGGCGAUCGAGGAGGCCAGGCGCAUCCCCGACGUCCCGCCGGUGCCGAUUGACUACAGCAGCGUGCUGGCUGGCAUCCGGGAGUGGAUUGAGCAGCUGGAGGCCACCCAGAGCGAGGUGGCGGCAGCGCAGCAGGAGACCAAGCAGCAGCGCGAGGAGAACGAUGCUCAGAAGGCCACUGCUGCGGAGGACAUCUUUGAUGAGGCCUGGCACCGCCUGGCUUGGCUCAGCCAGCAAUACCCUCUUGUGGAGGAGCGGUUGCAGGGGGUGGGCGACAAGGCAGCCCCCACCAGGGCCACCCUCCAAGACCUGCGUGACCUGGAGCAGCACAUUGAGGCCAACCAGCCGCCGCUGGAGGAGGCGCAGGCUGGCCUGGAUGCUGCCGUGACCACGCUGCUCGCAGAGCUGGGGACCCAAGGCCUGGAUACAGGGGCACUGUGGAGCCUGCCCGAGGCGCCGCGAGGCAGCGAUGUGCGCGGGAUGGUUGGCGCUGCGAUUGAGGAGGCCAAGCGCAUCCCCGAGGCGCCGCCGGUGCCAGUCAACUACAGCAGCUUGCAGCGCAGCAUCCAGGAUGAGGUGGCGUCGUUUGGGUGGCUGUUCUCUCUAUGCCCGCCAGGCAUCGUGUCUUCAACCAGCAAGUGUUUCGAGCUGCAGGAGGCCAAGCAGGCCAGUGAGGAGAAUGAGGCGCACAAGGGCUCCGCAAUGGAAGACAUCUUUGAUGUGGGCUGGCACCGCCUGGCAUGGCUCAGCCAGCAGUACCCUCUAAUGGCAGGGCGGGUGCAGAAGGUUGGCAGCCAGCAGCGCAUUGCGGAUGAGAAGCCGCCGCUGGAGGAGGUGCAGGCUGGCCUGGAUGCGGCAGUCGGCACGCUGCUUGCAGCGCUGGCUGCACAGGGCCUGGCCACAGCAAGUCUGCCAGCGGCAGCACGUGGCAGCGAUGUGCGUGGGAUGGUUGCCGCAGCGAUCGAGGAGGCCAAGCGCAUCCCCGAGGCUCCGCCGGUGCCAGUCAACUACAGCAGCUUGCAGCGCAGCAUCCAGGAGUGGAUCGAGCAGCUGGAGGGCACCAACAGCGAUGUGGCGACGGCGCAGCAGGAGACACAGCAGGGCCGGGAAGAGGCAGAGGCGCAGCAUGCUGUGGCAAUCCAGAAGGUGGUGGCAAAUGCGAAAGAGCGCGAGAGCUGGCAUCAAAUCACAUGGCUCCGCGAGCAGUUCCCUCUGGCUGAGGAGCGGGUGCAGGGUGUGGGCGGCCAGGUGGUGCCCACCGCAGCCGCCAUCGUGUCGCUGAGGGCCCUGCAGCAGCGCAUCGAGGACGACAAGCCGCCGCUGGAGGAGGCGCAGGCUGGCCUGGAUGCGGCAGUCGGCACGCUGCUUGCAGAUCUGGGGACCCAAGGCCUGGACACAGCUAGCCUGCCCUCCUCUGCCGCUCCGAGCGACGUGCGUGGGCUGGUGGGGCAGGCACUGGAGGAGGCCAAGCGCAUCCCCGAGGCGCCGCCGCUGCCCCCCAUCAAUUACGAGGAGCUGCUGCGCGACAUCCGGCAGUGGAUUGAGGACUGCCAGGCCACCCAGAGCGAUGUGCAGGCGGCGCAGCAGGCAGCGCAAGAGGCACGUGCCGAUGUGGAUGCGAAGCUGGGUCAGACGGCAGAGGACAUUUUCGAUGCCGGCUGGCACCUGCUGUCGUGGCACAGCCAGCAGUACCCUCUUGUGGAGGAGCGGUUGCAGGCGGUGGGUGGCCAGGUGGCCCCCACCGACACCGCCAUUGGUUCCCUGGAGAGCCUGCUGCAGCACAUUGAGGCGGAUGAGCCGCUGGUGGAGGAUGCUCGGGCCAAGUACGACGCUGCCAUUGCAGCGCUGGUGGCUGGACUCGGGGAGCAGGGCCUGGAUGCUGCCAGCCUGCCCGAGGUGCCGCAUGGCAGCGAUGUGCGUGGGAUGGUUGCCGCAGCGAUUGAGGAGGCCAGGCGCAUCCCCGAGGCGCCGCCGGUGCCGAUCAACUACAGCAGCCUGCAGCGCAGCAUCCAGGAGUGGAUCGAGCAGCUGGAGGGCACCAACAGCGAUGUGGCGGCGGCACAGCAGGAGACCAAGCAGCAGCGCGAGGAGAACGAUUCUCAGAAGGCUGCCGCCACAGAGGACAUCUUUGAUGAGGGCUGGCACCGCCUGGCAUGGGUCAGCAAGCAGUUCCCUCUGGCGGAGGCGCGGCUGCAGGGUGUGGGCGACCAGGCGGCGCCGGCCAGCACCGCCAUCAAGGCUCUGCAGGACCUGCUGCAGCACAUUGAGGCUGAGAAGCCGCCGCUGGAGGAGGCGCAGGCUGGCUUGGAGGCGGCAGUCGGCACGCUGCUUGCAGAUCUGAGCGCACAGGGCCUGGACACAGCAGGCCUGCCCGAGGCGCCUCAUGGCAGCGACGUGCGUGAGAUGGUUGGGCUGGCGAUUGAGGAGGCCAGGCGCAUCCCCGACGUCCCGCCGGUGCCGAUUGACUACAGCAGCGUGCUGGCUGGCAUCCGGGAGUGGAUUGAGCAGCUGGAGGGCACCAACAGCGAUGUGGAGGCGGCGCAGCAGGAGAUGAAGCAGAAGCGCGAGGCUAAUGAUUCCGAGAAGGCCACUGCUGCGGAGGACAUUUAUGAUGAGGCCUGGCACCGCCUGGCAUGGCUCAGCCAGCAGUACCCUCUGGCGGAGGCGCGGGUGGAGGGGGUGGGCAGCCAGGCGGCGCCGGCUGGCACCGCCAUCAAGGCUCUGCAGGACCUGCAGCAACGGAUCGAGGCCAAGAAGCCGGCGGCACCCCGGGCCCGCGACGUGCGCGAGGCGGUGCGGCAGCUGCUGGAUGCCGCGCUGCGCGUGCCGCCGCCGCCUGCCGUGCCCACCAACUAUGAGGGCCUGCUGCGCGACAUCCAGCGCUGGAUCGACGACCUGGAGGCAACCAACAGCGAUGUGGCCACCGCGCAGCAGGAGACGCGGCGCACUCGGGAGGAGAAUGAGGCGCAGAAGGCGGAGGCGGAGGAGGAUGUGUUUGACGACACCUGGCACCGCCUGGCCUGGCUCAGCAAGGAGUACCCGCAGGCCGAGGGGCGGCUGCGUGAUGUGGCGCAGCAGGUGCAGGGCCCCAGCGGCGCCGCCAUCCAGGCGCUGCGCGGCCUCAAGCAGCAGGUGCAGGCAGACAAGCCGCCGCUGGAGGAGGCGCGCGCCAGCCUGGAGGCGGCUGUCGGCGUGCUGCUGGCAGACCUGGGCAGGCGUGGGCUCAAGGUCGCCGCCCUGGCCGUGCCAGCCGCCAGCGGCGACCUGCGCUCGCUGGUGCGCCGCGCCACGGACAAGGCGCGGCGGCUGGCGGGCGUGCCGCCCACGCCGCUCCGCCCCAAGUCGCUGGCGCCGCCGCCCUCACCCACGCGGCGCGCCCUGGAGCCCACGGUGUUCAACCCGCCCAACCUGACGGUGCCCCGGCCGCGCAAGAAGAGCCGCGGCAUCAAGCCCUCCCCGGAGGAUGCGAUCAAGCGCGACCCGCGCGUCAUCACGCUGUACAACGAGCUGUCCAAGGGGCGAGGCAUCGUGGCGGCCACCGUGGCCUGGGACGCCGUGCGCGCCGAGGUGGCGGCCGGCGGCAGCCUUGCGGCGCCCGGCUCGCGCCGCGCCUCGGGCGCAGGCGCCAACCCCGGCGGCGCGCGCGGCGGCAGCGCCACGCCCGGCGCCGCCACCCCGCGCACGCCGCCCACCCCGCGCACGCCGCCGACGGCCAGCCCGCUGAGCCCGCGCCGCACGGUCACCGAGUCGCCAGCCGCCGCCGCCGAGCCGGAGCUGAGCGAGGAAGAGGCGGCGGCGUACCUGCCCACGCUGGCGGCGCGCGGCGCCGCGGUGGCUGCCUUUGCGCCGCGCAGCCUGCAGGACGUGUCGGACUUUGUGGGCGACGUGAGGGCGCAGGGCGGCGACGCGCCGCGGUCGGGCCACGCCGCCGCCGCCUUCCCGGCCGCCAGGUGGCGCGUCAUGGCCGAGGCCGCCGCCGUCUUUGACCAGCUGCUCGACAUGUGCGACACGCUCAGCAAGUGGCGGUGCGACCCGCAGGCGAGCGUGGUUGCCGAGAGCCACCGGCUGGGUGCCUACAUGGACGGCGCCGCUGCCGCCGCCUCGCGCGUCACCUACCCUCACGACCCGCUGCGCCAGCGCAUGGCCAAGGCGGGGCUGCCCUGGGACGGCGCGCUGCUGGGGGACCUGCGGGCCAAGGGGUGGAACACGGGUGCCGUGCUGCAGCCCCUGGGCUCCGCCGCCAUCGGCGCCUUCAAGGUGCACCAGUUCUGCGGCGGCUUCAACCAGGAGGCGGGCCGCAUCUACGACGCGCUGCACGAGCGCACCGUGCACUACGCGCGCAUGAUGGACCCACAGUGGCUGCGCUCCACCAAGUGGGCCUGAAGUGGCAGGCACAGGCCUGCGGCGUGCCUCCUCCCAUCGGCGCAAGAUACGCCCUUCCGUGCUGCCGCCCGCCCGGUGCGGCAGGCGAGCGCACGCCCCAGGUGCUGCCGCCCGCCCGGCGCCGGGCGGCGGCCCGAUAGCAUGCCCCACACUUCACUCCAUUUUGCUUGCCGGUUUGCCUGGCGUCCUUGCUCCCGCCACACAUCCCGUCGCAUCCCCCAGACCCGCUUCCCGCUCCUGCUGCUACCCCUCUCCCCGCUUUCAUUUAUUUUGUACCAACCUGUGUGGAUGACUGUGACACGCCCCCUGUGAACUGAGUAACGGUUUACAUUUAUUCCUUUGCAACACACUCACAUCUGCCGGUGGGCCCGCCUUGUAAGCAAGGACGCC